AUGGCAGCGACAAUCGGACUCUCGACAUCUACCAACGCAGUGAAGGCUGUCCGUACGCUCCUCCCAGGCUUCGGGCGUCCAGUCAACUACGUCCCGAAGAAGACAGAUCCUGAAUACGUGGGCGACCUCUUCCCGAACGCGCUGAGUGCGGCGGAUAUCGAGAACGGGCGCGCCGCGCGAAGUAUGAUAACCCUGCGCGAGACGAGCAUGCUGCAGUUCAUGAAUAGUGUGACGGACAAGCCGGACUGGCAUCGCAAGGUGAACGACAACGAGAUCGCGAAGAAAUGGAAGGAGGAGGCGCUUGCUUCUACCGCCGACUUUACCGAGACGAUGGCAGAGCACUGCAUCCAAGAGCUCCGACAUCUCGCCUCCCUCGUUCCCCCUAACCCCUCCCCCUCAACCCCUCAACCCCCUAUCGUCGUGUACAACGGCGACGUCAUCAAGUCCGAUCACGCCCUCUCCCCCGCCUUCCAAUCGCGCCUUCAAACCGCCGUCCGCGCGUUCGGGGCUUCGAUCCCUGAGCGCCUGCGUGACUGGCACCCCGGGUCGGAUGGGAAGGUGUGGGACCUCGUCCAUCCGUCCUUAUUCCCUUUGGUAUACGGGAAGACGAGAGUGUUAGACGGCGGAGAAAGGACGACACUGGAGGACUGUGUUGAACGGAGCGGGCAAGGGAAGGUCGCUCCGGUGCCGGAGAGCGAGAAUAUCGUGGAGGUGAGGAAGGAGGGGCGGUGGUAUAACGUUGAGGCGACGCCGUUUAGUGCGCGGUUCCAGUGGCUGCCGUGUGAUGUGGAUAUUUCGGGGCCUAAGGCAAAGAUUACAAGUUACAUCAACAACCUGCACCCGGCGAAGGAGAAACCCCUAUACGCGCUCAUCGAGGGGCUGAUCGACGCGUCCAUCCCGCUAUGGGACGCCACGCUGACAGGGCUGCGCAACCCGCGCUCACACCGGAUCGCGUACGCAGGCACCGAGUAUGACCCCGACCCGGCGUCGUGGCCAGAUGAGGCGGGCCCGCAAAUGGACGAAGGCGAGGACGAGGACGACUACUGGGAUCGCAGGCAGGAGUGGAUCGAGGCGACGCGUGUGCUGGUGAUGCCAGAGCCGACGCUACCCUUCGAGCCGCCGAAGGAGGUAGAGAAGAGGACUAAUUUGAGGAAGGAUUAUGGGGAGAGGGGCCUGCAGGUGAUUGUGAAGCUGGCGAAUAUCCAGCUGACGCCUGGGGAGAAGAGCGCGUACGAGGGUGGGUCGUGGCACGUUGAGGGACAAUUGAACGAACAUAUCGUGGCGACGUCGCUGUAUUACUACGACUCGGAGAACAUCACGCCGUCCACGCUCGCGUUCCGACAGCAAGUCGAUGCGAACGAGCCGAUGUACUACGAACAGGGCGACCACUCGUGGCUGGGUCCCGUGUUCGGGUGUGAGCAGGACGGGCCGGGCGUGCAGGACGUCGGGAGCGUCCUCACACGCCCAGGCCGUCUGCUCACGUUCCCCAACAUCCUGCAGCACCGCGUCGGACCCUUCAGACUUGCGGACCCGACAAAGCCUGGCCAUAGGAAGAUAGUCGCGCUCUUCCUCGUAGACCCGAAUAUAAAGGUGAUCGGGACGGGGAACGUGCCGUGCCAGCAGCAGGAGUGGUGGUGGGAGGUGACGAUGGGGAAGGGUAAGGCGGCGGGCGGCGCGGGGGAGAUCCCGAUCGAGCUGCAGGAGAAUAUCCUUGAGGGGGUGGACUUUCCGUAUGGUUUGGAGGAGGCGAAGGAGCUGAGGCUGCAGUUGAUGGAGGAGAGGAAGCGGUAUGUUGUCAAGUAUUCAGAGGCGUUCACGUCGUCCGUCUUCUCGCUUUGUGAGCAUUAG